GUCCUAGCUGGUGUCAGUUGUUGACAGACAGAGGUCAGUCUGUGGUGGGUUAUGAACCGGAGUGUCAGGUGAAUGGAAGACUGUUCUCCCCACUGCAGUGUGACCAGACAGACUGCUGGUGUGUGUCUCAGACAGAUGGACAGGAGCUGCCUGGAACCAGGAAGCCACGUGGCACCGGGAAGACGCCUGCCUGUGACAGUCCCCAGUGUCCCUCUCCUUUCUCUGACAUCACCGUUACCUACGGUGACGUGGUCUGUCGCUCUGACGUGAUUGGUGGCCAGCAGAACUGUGACCUCAUCUGUCACCUGGGUUACGAAAGCACACUUCCUGUAAACAUGCAGUUACUGUGUGACGUGGAGACCAGAGCCUGGGUGACAGAGCCCCACUUCCUCAAGCCCCUGCCAGAGUAA